GAGGCGGAGGACGCGGCGGCGGCAGGGACGCGGUGACUUAGGGCCGCUCCGUGUGUUUUCCUGCUGCACCGGCUCUACGUCUUCCACCUCCUUCCCUGUGGUUUUAACCUUCCUCUUUCUCCGUGUGCUUUGCACAGAGAAUCUGCUUUUUUUCCACCGAUGUAACAGACCUGGAGCCAGCAAGACUCAGAGGAAAGGACUUAAUCAGGUUUAUGUGUCCUAAAGGUUAUGAAGACAGUAUGGAGUUUCCAGACCAUAGUAGACAUUUGCUGCAGUGUCUGAGCGAGCAGAGACACCAGGGUUUUCUUUGUGACUGCACUGUUCUGGUGGGAGAUGCCCAGUUCCGAGCACACCGAGCUGUACUGGCUUCAUGCAGCAUGUAUUUCCACCUCUUUUACAAGGACCAGCUGGACAAAAGAGACAUUGUUCAUCUGAACAGCGACAUUGUUACAGCCCCAGCUUUCGCUCUCCUGCUUGAAUUCAUGUAUGAAGGGAAACUCCAGUUCAAAGACUUGCCCAUUGAAGACGUGCUAGCAGCUGCCAGUUAUCUCCACAUGUAUGACAUUGUCAAAGUCUGCAAAAAGAAGCUGAAAGAGAAAGCUACCACGGAGGCAGACAGCACCAAAAAGGAAGAAGAUGCUUCAAGUUGUUCGGACAAAGUCGAGAGCCUCUCCGAUGGCAGCAGCCACAUGGCAGGCGACUUGCCGAGUGAUGAAGAUGAAGGAGAAGAUGAAAAACUGAACAUCCUGCCCAGCAAAAGGGACUUGGCGGCCGAGCCUGGGAACAUGUGGAUGCGAUUGCCCUCAGACUCAGCAGGCAUCCCUCAGGCUGGCGGAGAGGCAGAGCCACACGCCACAGCAGCUGGAAAAACAGUAGCCAGCCCCUGCAGCUCAACAGAGUCUUUGUCCCAGAGGUCUGUCACCUCCGUGAGGGAUUCGGCAGAUGUUGACUGUGUGCUGGACCUGUCUGUCAAGUCCAGCCUUUCAGGAGUUGAAAAUCUGAACAGCUCUUAUUUCUCUUCACAGGACGUGCUGAGAAGCAACCUGGUGCAGGUGAAGGUGGAGAAAGAGGCUUCCUGUGAUGAGAGUGAUGUUGGCACUAAUGACUAUGACAUGGAACAUAGCACUGUGAAAGAAAGUGUGAGCACUAAUAACAGGGUACAGUAUGAGCCGGCCCAUCUGGCUCCUCUGAGGGAGGACUCGGUCUUGAGGGAACUGGAUCGGGAGGACAAAGCCAGCGAUGAUGAAAUGAUGACCCCGGAGAGCGAGCGUGUCCAGGUGGAAGGGGGCAUGGAGAGCAGUCUGCUCCCUUAUGUGUCCAACAUCCUGAGCCCUGCGGGCCAGAUCUUCAUGUGCCCCCUCUGCAACAAAGUCUUCCGCCCCCACAUUCUGCAGAUCCACCUGAGCACUCAUUUUCGCGAGCAGGACGGCAUCCGCAGCAAGCCUGCCGCCGAUGUCAAUGUGCCCACGUGCUCGCUGUGUGGGAAGACUUUCUCCUGCAUGUACACCCUCAAACGCCACGAGAGGACUCACUCGGGAGAGAAGCCCUACACAUGUACCCAGUGCGGCAAGAGCUUCCAGUACUCGCACAACCUGAGCCGCCAUGCCGUAGUGCACACCCGCGAGAAGCCGCAUGCCUGCAAGUGGUGUGAGCGCAGGUUCACGCAGUCUGGAGACCUGUACAGACACAUUCGCAAGUUCCACUGUGAGUUGGUGAACUCCUUGUCGGUCAAAAGCGAAGCACUGAGCUUGCCUACUGUCAGAGACUGGACCUUAGAAGAUAGCUCUCAAGAACUUUGGAAAUAAUUUUAUAUAUAUAUAUAAAUAAUAUAUAUAUAUACAUAUAUAUACAUAGAUCUCUAUAUAGUUGUGGUACGGUCUAAAAGCAGUCUUGUUUCCUGGAACUAAAAGUUGGGAUCUUAACUUGUUUUUUGCACUUUAGAAUAAUAGCAUGAGAAUCUCACUAAUUUAGCAUUCUGAUAAAAGAAACUUUUAGAGCAAGUCUGAGAAUAGAGAGGUGUCUUUCCUUUGAGGGGUAGGCAAAGUAAGCCAAUAAGAAACUUCUAAACAAAUCGUCCUAGCACAAAAUGCUUUCAUACGGCUUAAUUUUGUCAACACGGUGUUGUCUUUUGAGCUCUUUUUGUGCCCCACAUUUGCUUUGUUUUGUUUUGGUUUUGUUUUUUAAAGUAAAAAGAAAUUCCCUCCAGUUUUAUUAGCCUCUGUGUCUCAAAUUGCAUGAAUCUUUUCUGGCUGUUGGAAACCUGAAUGCUUUUAGACCCAAAUGGAAAAUUUCUGAAAUGCUGGAUUAUCUAUUUUUAAACAAGCAGUUGACUUAAAACUUUCUGUGGCAACUUCUGGUUUUCUGACGGUUCCCAAUGAGAGAAAUUCUGCAAGUACACUGGGAUCACUGGGACACUGUCUUUGUGAAGGUUUGCUUGGGAUGAAAAAGGAUAUUGCAGCUUCAGCAGUGUUGAACUGUGUGUUUAAAAAUGUGAAUUACUGUUCUUGUAUACUGUAAUUGAUUACAUGGGCUGGGGGGGAUGUCAAAGAACUUGACAGGUUGUGUUGAUGCUCUUAGUUGAGUCUUGAAAAGUAAAUAUUAACGCUACAGAAAUGCAUGAGUUUCAAUAUAUUUUUUGUCUUUGUUUGCAUUGUAUAACUUUAACGAGUGAGUUUAAAAUUAUUUAAUUUCCUUAGAAAAAUAGCACCAUUUGGAAAAAAACUGGUGUUAUGAAGAACGUAAAUGCACUGUUUUUUUUAUUUUAUAUAAUUUAAAUUGACUUUCCCACUGUCUUUAAGUUGAACUGUUAAGCUGAAUAAAAACUUAAGCUGCAAAUUGAUAACUUUGCUACAUAACAAGGAACAUAUAAAUGUUUACAAACGGCUUAAAGAUUUGCAUGUGCAGUGUGCAUUUAUAACAAACUUCUAAUUGCACAAAACCCAUACCAGCUCAAAGUUUAGGUGUACACAUUUACCCAGUUGAGCAUUUUUAGAAUAACUACUGCACAAAUUGACAAUAGGUCAUUUUCUCUGUUUUUUGCUCCCCUUUUCUUUUUCUCCCCUUCUUCCUUACCCCCCCCCCCCAACUCA